ACUUGCACCAUCUCUGAGUUUGUGCUUGGUUUUGUAAAUAACUGCWGGGGGCUGAAGAAGCUCCUACAGUCUGAACCUCGGAGCUUCUGCCUGUAAAUAUGACAUGCAGGAGAACAGGCUCAGAGCUGAUGAGAAACUGAAAAUUAUUCCCACAAAGGAUACAUGAUGGAACCAUUCAUCCCAAGAAAAAGCUGAAACUUGACGGCGCUGGUUGUAAAUGGGAGGAAGUCUCUAGAUUUCCUCAACGAUGGACGAUGACUCCCACGCUCUGCUCUCCAGAGAGAGCCUCAUCUACACCAUCACCGUUCCGCUGGCGACCUCCAUCAUCCUGGCCAACCUGGUCAUCAUCCUGGGCAUCUCCUGCAACCGCCAGCUCCACAACACGCCCAACUACUUCUUCCUCAGCCUGCUGGUGGCCGACACAUGUACGGGCGUGGCACUGCCCUUCAUCCCAUUGAUGGCUCUGAAUCGGGAGUUGAGUUUCAGCUCCUGUUUGCUGGUUCAUGUGUUGCCCAAUUUCCUUUUCUUGGCAUUUUUGUCCAACCUGGUCAUGGUCCACUAUGAGCGCUACAUAUGCAUCGUUGACCCUUUGCGUUAUAAUAACCUGUGGAUGCAUCGCAAUUUUCCGUUGGCGCUGCUUAUAGUUUGGUCACCCCCACUUCUGUAUGCAUCCCUGCCUGCUUUCGGGUGGAAUAACUGGACAGGGCACGAUUGGAACAGCUGUUGUAAAAGUAUACCAAAGCUGCCGCCACUUUCGAACUGUUCGACAAACGGAACCACUUGCUGCUCCUACAGGCGAGUAUUCCCCAAUGAUUUCAUCUACUUGGAGGUGUACGGUCUGGUUUUACCGGCCAUACUGGUGAUCGCUGGCAUGACUGGACGGGUUUUGUGCAUCACCCGAGGACAGAUGAAGGACAUAUGUCGGCUUCAUCGCGCUAUAGAGCGAGGGAGCCAGGCGUCGGAACAGGAGCACAGGCUGAACCUGCGGUACACUCGCUGCGUGGUGGCCGUGUCACUGACUUUUCUGGCCUGCUGGGUUCCGUACCUCAUUUACAUGCACGUCUGCAUCGCGUUUUUAGUCAGCGACACCAAGUGGAGCUUCACCACUCACAUCAUUUUAUCCUGCACUGGUAUCGGAAGCAUGUCUGUGGUGCCGCUGGUACUCGGCUUGGCCAACAAACAGUACACAGAACCUGCAUACAAACUUCUCCAAAAACUCAGAGACCGGUGGAGGAGGACACAAGAACUGGAAGAGGCUGCACUUUGAAGAAAUAACCACAAAGCCCAUAUUUAUUAAAGGGAUCCCCGAUUAGUUGUAACAUUAGAMUUUAUUUGAUAAACAUAUACACU